AUGAAUGUUGCACAGCUUUUAUGUUGUUAUUUAAUAUACUUCUCCCAGGUUGACCUACACUUCAUGAAAAAGAUACCACCUGGAGCUGAAGCAUCAAACAUCUUAGUUGGUGAACUAGAGUUCCUGGACCGUGCGGUUGUUGCUUUUGUUAGGUUAUCUCCUGCAGUGCUACUUACGGGGCUAGCGGAAGUUCCAAUUCCAACAAGAUUUUUGUUUAUUCUUCUUGGACCACUGGGUAAAGGGCAACAAUACCAUGAGAUUGGAAGAUCAAUUGCAACACUAAUGACAGAUGAGGUGUUCCAUGAUGUUGCUUACAAAGCAAAAGACCGCAAUGACUUGGUGUCUGGAAUUGAUGAGUUUCUUGAUCAGGUUACUGUUCUCCCUCCUGGAGAGUGGGACCCAACAAUUCGAAUAGAACCACCUAAAAAUGUUCCAUCUCAGGAGAAGCGUAAGAUCCCAGGAGUGCCAAAUGGAACCGCAGCACACGGGGACACAGAGCAACCUGGAGGACACUCUGGACCAGAACUGCAACGCACUGGAAAAUUUUUUGGAGGAUUGAUUUUAGAUAUAAAAAGAAAAGCUCCCUUCUUCUGGAGUGACUUCAGGGAUGCUCUCAGUCUGCAGUGUCUGGCAUCAUUUUUGUUUCUCUACUGUGCUUGCAUGUCUCCUGUCAUCACAUUUGGUGGUCUGCUGGGAGAAGCAACUGAAGGUCGUAUAAGUGCAAUAGAAUCGCUGUUUGGAGCAUCCAUGACUGGAAUUGCCUACUCUCUCUUUGGUGGCCAGCCUCUCACUAUACUUGGCAGCACAGGACCAGUUUUAGUGUUUGAGAAGAUCUUAUUCAAAUUUUGCAAGGAAUAUGGGUUGUCAUACCUCUCUCUGAGAGCUAGCAUUGGACUGUGGACUGCAAUCCUGUGCAUCAUCCUUGUUGCAACUGAUGCAAGCUCCCUAGUCUGCUACAUUACCCGCUUUACUGAAGAAGCUUUUGCUUCUCUUAUCUGCAUCAUUUUCAUUUAUGAGGCCUUAGAGAAGCUGUUUCAUCUCAGUGAAACAUAUCCAAUCAAUAUGCAUAAUGAUUUGGAUCUGCUGACAAAGUACUCAUGCAAUUGUGUGGAACCAGAACAUCCUAGCAAUAAAACUUUACGACACUGGCAGGACUACAACAUAUCUGCAUCUGAUGUGCCAUGGGGGAACCUAACUGUGUCAGAAUGUAAAAAGUUUCAUGGAGAGUUUGUUGGGCGAGCCUGUGGUCAUCAUGGCCCUUAUGUUCCAGAUGUCCUCUUCUGGUCUGUCAUCUUAUUCUUUUCUACAGUAACGCUGUCAUCCACACUGAAGCAGUUCAAAACUAGCCGAUACUUCCCAACAAAGGUACGAUCUGUUGUCAGCGAUUUUGCCGUCUUUCUCACUAUUUUGUCCAUGGUUUUAAUUGACUAUGCCAUUGGGAUUCCAUCACCAAAACUUCAGGUUCCAAAUGCUUUUAAGCCCACCAGAGAUGAUCGUGGCUGGUUUAUUACUCCUUUGGGCCCUAAUCCUUGGUGGACAGUGAUAGCUGCUGUAAUUCCAGCCUUGCUUUGUACUAUCCUUAUCUUUAUGGACCAGCAGAUCACAGCUGUCAUUAUCAAUAGAAAAGAACACAAGCUAAAGAAAGGAUGUGGAUACCACCUCGACCUACUCAUGGUGGCCGUCAUGCUUGGAGUGUGCUCUAUUAUGGGAUUGCCCUGGUUUGUGGCAGCAACUGUCCUCUCUAUUUCCCAUGUGAAUAGCUUAAAACUGGAAUCAGAAUGCUCUGCUCCAGGGGAGCAGCCAAAAUUUCUUGGAAUCCGGGAGCAAAGAGUCACCGGACUCAUGAUUUUUGUCCUUAUGGGCUCAUCUGUCUUUUUGACAAGUAUCCUGAAGUUUAUUCCUAUGCCAGUGCUUUAUGGAGUAUUUCUCUACAUGGGUGCUUCAUCUCUAAAGGGAAUUCAGCUCUUUGACAGAAUAAAGUUAUUCUGGAUGCCUGCAAAGCAUCAACCAGAUUUUAUUUAUCUGAGGCAUGUUCCUCUUAGAAAGGUCCAUCUCUUCACUGUAAUUCAGCUGAGCUGUCUUGUGCUUCUGUGGAUUAUAAAAGUUUCAAGAGCUGCCAUUGUCUUUCCUAUGAUGGUCCUAGCUUUGGUAUUUGUCCGAAAACUCAUGGAUUUCUUUUUCACUAAGCGGGAGCUCAGUUGGUUAGAUGAUUUGAUGCCCGAGAGCAAGAAAAAGAAACUGGAAGAUGCUGAGAAAGAGGAAGAGCAAAGUAUGUUAGCAAUGGAAGAGGAAGGGACUGUUCAGUUACCACUAGAAGGACAUUACAGAGAUGACCCAUCUGUGAUAAACAUUUCUGAUGAAAUGGCAAAAACUGCUGUGUGGAAGACAUUGUUGAUAUCCUCAGAGAAUGCAAAAGAUAAGGAGUCAAGCUUUCCUUCUAAAAGUGCUGAAAUCAGAAAAGAGAAGAAAGCUGACUCAGGGAAAGGUGUUGACCGGGAGACUUGUCUAUGACUUGUUCUUCAAUUAUUUUUUUUACAAAUGAAUGAAAGGAGUGCCACAACCACUAAAUAUAAUUGAUUUGACCUUGUAACUUUUGUCUUUCAUCUCAAACUAGCACAGGUAAUGUAGUGCAAUAUUUGUCUCAUUUCACCUUGUCUACAUGUCUACAUUGUCUAGUAUCUGUGUAAAAGUCUGCAGUAGCCAAUGCAAAAAAUCUUCAUGUUCUUUGCUGAUAUUGGCCAUUUACCAGUAUUCCUAUCAUAAAUUUAACACGCAAAGUUUCUUUCAAAUUCAACUUUCCUGUUAAUAGGUUUGUACUGUAUUUUGCUACUUUUUCUGUGUGAGAAUACUAAUAAUCUUCAUUUGAGAUGAACUUGAAAACACUUGUUCUAAAUUUUUUUCUUUAAAUCACCUAACUUGAGUAAAUGAUUUCAGGAGACCCAAACUGACAAGCAAACAUUAAAGAAGUUUUUAAAGUAACAACUGAUCUGACCCUGUGAACAAACUAACAAGGAUAAUCCUUUCCUCCUCAAGCUGUCCUUUUGAAGUCAUGGAUUUCUCUUGCAAUGAGGAUUGCAGGGUCAGAUUCUGUAUUUGUGAAGUUUUCCUUUAUUUACUACAGUGUAUUUAAUAUUCAAAUUUGUAUGUAACUGCAACAUAGUCAUAUAUAUAUAUAAAAAAAUAUAUAUUAAAAUCUAUAUUAAAACAUUCUCUCACCUUAGUUGAAAAACACCACCUCCUUUGAUGUGAAACAUGAGUACAGUAUUUCUUAAAAUGCAAUCUGUGAUUACAGUAUCUUACUUUGCAUUGUAUGAAUGUUGCCGUGGUAGGCCAAACAACUGCAUUAUGCCAUUAAUAAAUCCAUUAUUUUAUAAUAGGGAAAAUUUUGUAGAUACAAACUACCCCACAUGCAGCUGUAUCACUUGCCCAAUGAUUUUUCUCUUUACUGCCUAAAAUACAGCCACAUAAAGGGCAUAUUUAUAUUGUCCUCUCUCUACUAACAACUGUAAACCUCUCUUAAUUUCAGAGAUUGUGUGUAUUACUGAAAUGGGCAUCCUGCUGUUGGUUUUGUUAUAGCUCUUCACUAUUCCAUUAAGUACGUAUUGAUUAAAAGGUAAAACCAACAUUGCACACAGUAAAAUGUGGCUUUAAAGCCACUGCAAAGACAUUUUUCAUAAUGGAUUUUGUUACUGCCUGAUCCUUCAAGCUGUUCUUUUGUGUAGAACAAGGACUGUGAGAUUAGGUAUUGAAUUAGUAGAGAAGUGGAACAAAAGUUUUAUUGCGUUAUUUGGAGUUCACCAAUUUUAAAUUUUUUUAAGAUAAAUUUUUAAAUGCUUAAAUGAAAGCUAACUCUCAUUAUUAUGCUAUUUCUUUGAAUCUUACAAAUAAGAAUUACAGCCUUGUAAUCUUUGUAACAACUCACCUACAGCGCUCUAACGUUCCCCAGCUUUCCAAAAUACAUUUUUUUCCACAGGCCUCAUGUGAACAACUUCUCAUAUGCGGAACAUUUAAAGUAUUCCUUCUAAUGUUUUUGUGUGUGUGUUUUACUACUUUAGCCAUAAAUGAUAAUUACAUUUUGCUGCAAACUAAUAGGGUCACUGUUUUAAAUUUGACUUGGCAUUAUCAAAGCCCAUUAAAGGCCAUUUUUAUGGAGAAAAAAAAAAUUCUAAUGGACACAAAGAAGGAUUUUACAUUUAAUUCAGUGUUUGUAUUUGUAAAUUUAGGAAAAAAAUGCCGAUGCAUUACGGUUAAAUGCUUUGUUUUGUGUACUUGAUGAUAAAUUUUAAGAUUCCAAUUGUUUUAAGGUUAGCAUAGAAGUUCAAUACUGGUUUGUCCCGAAAGCUGCCUGGUGGUGUUUUAAUAUGUUGCUGACUUUGUUACAGAUAAUGUAUACAAUCAAAAUGUAUUAGUUUCACUUGACCAACUCUUAGAAUAUUAAGAAAUCAGUGUAUUCAAUGGCAUUCUGUAUUUCUGUUCAGUAUUUCAGAGUGGUUUUAUUUUAAAAGAGUCACUCUGUUCUUGUGUGAAUUUAAAUGAUAUUCCAAUGUUAAUCUUAACAUUUUGAAAUCACACACAAUAUAAAGCAAGUGUAGUGCUAUAUAACUUCUAAUUUCAUAUUCCUGGUCAAAAUUACUCAAUUUCUUGGAUGUAAUUUAUUACGAAAGUUUAUGUGUACAUGUGAAUAGACUAUUGUGUUUUUCACAAUUAAGAAAUGUUAUGUGAAAAUAAAUAUUUAUCCUAACUAA